AGUUUCAGUGUUUCACUCACUGGGGCUAGCUUUGCUAUUCCUCAUUGCUUUCUACUUGUACCACCAGUUCUUUGAUAAUUCGCAAUUGCUCACAAAAUAUGAAGAUCUUCAACUGGGUUCAUAAGAGGCUUCAUCAAAGGGUCGUCAAGGAUGGGUUUGCUGGGAAUGCGAAAAAGAGUGAACUGGAAACCAAUGACAAGGACACACAAGCAUUUCUCAAACAAGUUGGCCUUGUUAAUGUGGAUGGGCUUGAUGGUUGGAGGGAUGGCAUUUUAACUAUAGGCACCUUUGGUUUCGACCCCCUAAAACCCUCUACCCACCAAAACGAAUAUGUCGUUCUGGAGAGCGAAGAGGACGAUCAGGAAAGCCAUGGAUUUUCACACAGUGGUAAUGAUGAUGAUGAUGAUGAUGAUGAUGAUGAUGAACAUUAUGAUCAUAGUGUUGAAGAUGAAGAACUGAACCCUUUAAUGUUUACAACAUUUGAACACAGCUUUGAGGAUAUUGGGUCAAAUUUUGAUGCCAUUGUUGAGAAACCAGCUGAUGUGAUCCUGACCGUUGAUGGUGUCCCUCUUACUCCAUUUGAGGGGUCCAGUGAAAUCAGUACUAAACCUGAUCAGAGUGCUAAUGAUCAGAGCAAGAAUAAGAAAGGUCAGAGAAUUACACUGGCUGACUUGUUCCAGGCUGAUGUUCCUGAUGUUGGUCAACUGAAGCUUGACUCUGGCAAGGUCGAGCCAGAAAUGGAGAAAAAAAUGAAUGCCAGAACAAGGAGUGGCCUAGCAUUUGCCAAGAAACUCAUCCCUCGCGUCAAAGAUGAUUCAAGUCCAAUCAAAAAUAUGCAACGACUGAUGAGGAGGAUGUUGAAGAGGAAGAUCCAUCCAGCUGAGCUUGAAGUCAAGAUUCACAAAUCAGAUGGCCAGAAGCAGCCCAGUGCGGUAGAGCUCAUCUCCAAUGUCGAAAAUGAUGCUUAUGAAUCGGUUUCUUUGCUUCCAAUUCAAGGUGCCCCUUGUGUGCACUGAAUUAUGGCCUGGAGGUCUCCUGGGAAUUAAAGGGUUUUUGUGAUUGCUAUAAAAAUAACUAUUUCAAGGACAAUAUGUUGAUUAAUUAGGGUCUUUUUACGUGUAUGUAACUGUUGUUGAACCAUGUGAUUCUGGCUUUGAUCAUCUGUAAUUUUGUUAAUUGUUUUUGGCUUUAGUUUUAAUCAAUAUGAUGCAAAGUUAUUUUGUCGGAUAUA